AAGUAAAAACCGGAAAUGAAACACAGCCCAGCCCCGACAGAAGAACGCACCCAAUCAGGUGGCACGUAUUUGCCGUCGUCCCCGUACCCCCUCCCUUCCCAAACGUCCUUGCGUCAUCGCGUCGAUGUUGUGUUGCGGCGUCGAGGCAAAAUGGCGGCUGUGCACGACGGGCCGAGCGACGUCGAGAGCGAGAAAGACCCAAAAGCCGACAGUCUGAGCGACGAGUCGGCGGCCAACUUGCCCGGAAUCAUGAGCGGGACGCUCUCGUCCACGUCCCCGCUCGCGGCUCCGUCGGCCGCGGCUCCGAAAGCAGAGGAGCAGCAGCAAACUUUACUCGCCGUGCUACAGUUCCUGAGGAGGAACAACCUAACGGAGUCUGUGAAUAUUUUGAAGCGCGAAGCGGGUAUACAGAACGAGUUAGAGGAGGCGCGCGGGGCAGAAGCUACAGCAACGGGCCUGAGUACCGGACCUGGGGACACGAGCUCACUCCUUAGCCGGGUGUCUUCCCAAACCGGCGCUCCGGUCAAAGCUGCAGGUGGAGCGGACCAGCCGGACGUCAACGUCGUCCUCUCGGCGUACAGCCAGCAGGGCGAUCCUUCAUUGUAUCAGGUGUACUACAGCGGACUGAAGAAGUUCAUCGAGUCGGUGCUGGACUGUCACAGGGCCGAGCUGUCGCAGCUCUUCUACCCGCUUUUUGUUCACAUGUAUCUCGAGCUGGUUUACAACAACCAUGAAAAUGAAGCAAAGGCUUUUUUCGAAAAGUUCAGCGGAGACCAGGAGUGCUACUACCUGGACGAUUUGCGUGUGCUCUCGAGCCUCAGCAAGAAGGAGCACAUGAAAGGCAAUGAGACGCUGCUAGAUUUCCGGACGAGUCGCUUUGUGCUGCGCAUUUCCCGCGACUCCUACCAGCUGCUGAAGCGCCACCUUCAGGAGCGCCAGAACAACCAGAUCUGGAACAUCAUCCAGGAGCACCUCUAUAUUGAUAUUUUCGAUGGUAUGCCACGAAGCAAGAGUCAGAUUGACAGCACAUCCGGCAGCCUGGCUGGAGAAGCUCGCAGAGAGGCCAACAAAGCCAAGGUGUUCUACGGGUUGCUGAAGGAGCCAGAGAUCGAGGUCCCUCUCGACGACGAAGAUGAAGAAGCCGAGAACGAAGAGGGCAAACCCAAGAAGAAGAAGCCAAAGAAAGACAGCAUAGGUUCAAAAAGCAAGAAGCAGGAUCCCAAUGCCCCUCAACAAAACAGGAUUCCUCUACCAGAGCUCAAGGACUCGGAUAAACUGGAUAAAAUCAUGUACAUGAAAGAGGCCACCAAGAGGCUACGUUUAGGCACGGAGACCCUUCCCUCAAUAUGCUUCUACACGUUUCUCAAUGCCUACCAGGGUCUGACGGCGGUGGACAUUACAGACGACUCAAGUCUAAUAGCAGGGGGCUUUGCCGAUUCCACCGUGCGUGUCUGGAGCGUCACACCCAAGAAACUCCGCAGGGUCAAAUCCGCAGCAGAUCUCAGUCUCAUAGAGAAGGAGUCUGAUGAUGUGCUUGAAAGGAUAAUGGAUGAGAAAACAGCCAGCGAGUCCAAGAUCCUGUACGGCCACAACGGCCCAGUGUACGCCGUCAGCUUCAGUCCCGACAGGAAUUAUCUGCUGUCGAGUUCAGAAGAUGGCACCAUCAGGCUGUGGAGCUUGCAAACCUUUACCUGUCUAGUAGCUUAUAAAGGACACAAUUACCCAGUGUGGGACACUCAGUUUUGUGCACAUGGAUAUUAUUUUGUCUCUGGAGGACAUGACAGAGUGGCACGGUUGUGGGCAACGGAUCACCACCAACCACUGCGUAUAUUCGCUGGGCAUCUCUCUGACGUCACCUCCACCCACUUCCACCCAAACUCCAAUUACUUGGCCACAGGUUCGGCUGAUCGCACCGUGCGCCUGUGGGACGUCCUGAACGGCAACUGCGUCCGCAUUUUGACUGGCCACAAGGGGCCAAUCCACUCGCUGGCAUUCUCACCCAGUGGUAAAUACCUCGCGUCUGGCUCAACCGACGGCAGAGUUCUGCUGUGGGACAUCGGCCACGGACUCAUGAUCGGCGAAUUAAAGGGUCACACCGACACCAUCUACGCACUCAAGUUCAGCAGAGAUGGAGAGAUCCUCGCCUCAGGUUCCAUGGACAACACAGUCCGGCUGUGGGACUUCACAAAAGCCGUGGACGACGUGGAGACGGACGACUUCACAGCAGCCACCGGUCACGUUCACUUACCCGACAAUUCCCAGGAGGUAUUACUGGGGACGUACCUGACUAAAUCCACCGCCGUUAUCCACGUCCACUUCACCAGACGCAACCUGCUCCUGGCUGCCGGUGCAUACAUCUCCCAGUGACCCCAGUACCACCGCUUCCAUCACCAGUGGCCAGACAAGAGUUUAGAGGCAUCAGUAUUGCACCCUCACCCUCAUUUCUUAAUUAAUCUAAUAAUGUGAAGCGGCUCAACCUACUGGACUUUCCCCAUGUGUGCAUAUCCAUCAAUUCCAUACAGGAUUUCGGCCACAGCCUCAUUUACUGUACAGUCUUUUAUAAUUGUGUAAAUAAAACAGUUUUCUAUGUA